AUGGCGACAACUCUGACGGGUGGAAACCCGCACAUCAUUCAGCUUCCCGCGACGCCGUCGAAUUCGCCCUCGGAGCCCCAGGCCAUCGCCCAGCAAUGGCUCACAGACCUGCAAGUUCAACUUGCUCACCCCGAGAGCAUCAAUCUGGCACCUCUCUUCCAUGAAGAGUCCUGGUGGCGUGAUAUGCUCGCCCUGGAUUGGGACAUGCGGACCGUCCACACGGCUACCGAGAUCGAAGCCUUCCUUCGCAAACGCCAAGGUCCCUCCGUGCUGUCCAAUUUCCGACUUCAGAAUAAAGGUCAAUUCAAGCCGUCCUGGAAUAAAGUUGUUGAUAGUUUGAGUUGGGUGUCAAGCAUGUUCUUCUUCGAGACAGCAGUUGGCUCUGGCUCGGGAAUGCUUCGUCUGACGCAAUCGACCGAGGGGCGUUGGAAGGCGUAUGCCAUUUAUACUUCGCUGCAGGAAUUGAAGGGGGCUGAAGAGCCUCUAGGCAAACGUCGACCGGAAGGAACUACAGAGUCUAUGCCUGGGGGCUUGGGGGGUGGAACUUGGAUUGAGAGAAGGCAGAGACAACAGGAGUUUCUGGAUGAGGAUCCCACUGUUCUAGUGAUCGGAGCUGGCCAAGCUGGUCUGAACAUGGGAGCACGUUUGCAAAACCUCGGUCUUUCCUGUCUACUCGUCGAUAAACAUGAGCGUAUUGGCGAUAAUUGGCGCAAGCGCUAUCGUACUUUGGUCACACACGACCCUGCAGAAUUCACCCACAUGGCCUACCUUCCCUUCCCUCAAAAUUGGCCCCAGUUCACCCCGAAAGAUAAGUUGGGCGAUUGGUUCGAAGCCUACGCGAAAAUCAUGGAAUUGAACGUUUGGACGCAAACCUCCGUCGCCUCUGCUGAGUACAACGACUCGAAAGGCGAUUGGAACGUCACCGUGACUCGCGGCGAUGGAUCUCAGCGAGUCUUACACCCUCGUCAUGUUGUCUGGUGUACUGGGCAUUCAGGAGAACCCCGGGUCCCCAAAUUUCCUGGUCAGGACAGCUUUCAGGGUACCGUUUAUCAUGGCAGCCAACAUCGCGACGCGGCUGAGUUGAAUGUCCGCGGGAAGAAGGUGGUGGUCGUGGGAACUGGUAAUAGCGGCCAUGACAUCGCCCAGAACUACUACGAAAAUGGUGCAGAUGUGACCAUGUUGCAGCGCAGUGGUACAUAUGUCAUUACCGCCGAGAAGGGUGUUUUUAUGAUGCAUGAGGGAUUGCAUGAAGAUGGCGGCCCCCCAACUGAGCAAUGUGACAUUGUCUCUGAGAGUCUUCCAUUCCCAGUUCAGUUUGCUUUGAGCGUUCAUGGGACAAAGCGCUUUGCAGAGGCCGAGAAGGAUACUCUAGACGGACUACGCCGUGCGGGCUUCCAACUGGACUUCGGCCCCGAUGGAGCUGGUAUUGCGCGUGCUUACUAUACCGCUGGUGGUGGCUACUAUAUUGAUGUGGGAUGCAGCCAGCUGAUCAGCGACGGCAAGAUCAAGGUGAAGCAUAGCCCGAGUGGUAUCGAUGGAUUCGGCACUCAUGAGCUGAAACUCGCUGAUGGGAGUGCACUCCCCACCGAUGUUGUUGUAUUGGCCACCGGCUACGAUAAUAUGAGAACCACUGUGCGGAAGGUCCUAGGCGACAAGAUUGCAGAUCGUUGCUCUGACGUGUGGGACUUGGACGGGGAAGGAGAACUUCGUGCGAUGUGGCGCCCAAGUGGCCAUCCUGGCUUCUGGUAUUUUGGAGGAAAUCUUGCUCUUUGCCGGAUCUAUUCCAAAUUCUUGGCCCUUCAGAUUAAGGCCGUUGAGACUGGCCUCUCAAAUGGCACUCGACACGAGGAGAGAGCGAGCAAGAUCUAA